AUGUUCUCUCUCCGUAUAUCUAUUACCAUAGGUGUCGAACAUACUUGCGAAAGACCUGCAAUCAUAGUUUCGAGGUCACGCACCACGUACGGAAAUAGCGUGACGUCAUUAAUCAUAGCCUCCCUUUCCUUCUCUCCAUCCCAUCUCCCUCCUCUCUCUCUCUCUCUCUCUCUAUCUCUUCCUCUCUUUCUUUCUUUGUGCCUCUCUCUGAAGCGGACUAGUGCGAUAGGAUGGCGGACAAGUGCUUCUGCUCAGCGCAAACUCUCGUGGGGACGAGAAGAAAACUACACGUCAGAUGUGAAUAAAAGACCUAGUUCUUUAUCUCCUUAUUUAAUUAUUCAUUUCCUAUCUAUCUAUCUAUCUAUCUAUCUAUCUAUCUAUCUAUCUAUCUAUCUAUCUAUCUAUCUAUCUAUCUAUCUCAGUCUGUUCCUAUCUACCUAUCUUACUCUAUUUAUUAUUUAUCUAUCAAUCCAUCUAUUUUUAGUCCAUAUCUCUCUAUCUAUCUAUCUAUCUAUCUAUCUAUCUAUCUAUCUAUCUAUCUCAGUCUGUUCAUAUCUAUCUCUCUUACUCUAUUCAUUAUCUAUCUAUCUAUGUAUCUAUCUAUCUAUUUUUAGUACAUAUCUAUCUAUAUGUCUGUCUGUCUAUCUAUCUAUUUUCUAA